AUGGCCACCGUCCUCAACUCAUCCAUCGCGGUCUCGCGCGUGACCGUCGCACCCCGCGCGGUGCGCGCUCGCACCGUCGCGGCCCACCCCGCGGCGCGACCCGCCGCGUCCUCCUCCUCCUUCGUCGCCUCCCCCUCCGUCGCCUCCUCGCUUUCCAAGAGAAAUCGGCUCGCCACCACCGGCCUGAAGGCCUCGGUCGCGCGCAACGUUGGCUCCACGCGCCGCGGAGGUCUGGUCGUCCGCGCCGCCGGCGAUGAAGGCGAGGCUCCGGGCUUCUUCUACACCCGCGCGGGCGUCAUUGCCAUCGGCGUGGGCGUCACCGGCGCCGGGUUCGCGCUGUACUACGGCCUCCAGGCUAACGGGGUGGAUCCCAUCUGGGCCGGGAACAUCGUGCAGCUCACCUUCGUGCUCGGCCUGACCGUGGCGUGGGUCGGGUCCUACGUGAGCCGCGUCAUGAACAAGGACAUGACCUACGUGAAGCAGCUCAAGGACUACGAGGACGCCGUCAUGGCCAAGCGGCUGGAGGAGCUGCCGGAGGCGGAGCUCGAGAAGAUGAUGGAGGAGAUCAAACGCGUCGACGCCCCGAAAUGAGCCAAUAUAUACCGAGUCGAAACACUCAACCCACGCGUGCAUAAUACAUUGUCUAUAAGAUUGUCACAUAGCCGUUAACGUCU